UAUCCAACCCGUUAAAGGCUCUCGCUAAACCCUAGAGCUCUUUCUCCAUCGCUCUUUCUCGUGGGUUAUCUUCGAAGCUUGGGUUUGCUUUCCAAUGGCGACUGUUCCUGUAAAUCCAAAACCUUUCCUGAACAAUUUGACUGGGAAGUCUGUGAUUGUGAAACUGAAGUGGGGAAUGGAAUACAAAGGUUAUCUAGUUUCUGUGGACUCCUACAUGAACUUGCAGUUAGCCAAUUCUGAAGAAUACAUUGAUGGACAGUUCACUGGAAACCUCGGAGAAAUACUGAUUAGGUGUAACAAUGUCCUGUACCUCCGCGGGGUACCAGAGGAUGAAGACAUUGAAGAUGCUGAAGCGGAUUGAGAAAGCAUGAUCGAUUAGCAAUGCAACAAUGACCUCUGAUUCAUGCACUUGCCAACUAUCAGACUUUUGUAUUUUAUGAUGAAGAUGCAUUCACAAUGAGAACUUAGAAGCAAGUGUAGUGGAAUUUGUCAAACAAAAAUAUUUUAAAAUGCAUUACAUUCCAACUCAUGAUAUUAAGGUUUCUUUAACCUCUUACAUUGUAUUACAUCCUUGCUGUGGCCAUCUA